UCUCGACGAAAAACGAACUCCGAAAGAUUACGACUGAGCUGUCAUGACUCACUAGAUUUAUCUAUUCCCGUCAUCAAGAUCGAGUAUUCCCAACAUUAUCAGUUGUUCAAGUUCGACGUAAGUCAGAUGGUUCACUGAACAACGCAUGGUCCUCUUUUAUAACGGCCUGAAUUAGCUUAUGCCAUUUCAUGCUAAGUUGACUUUACCACUGGUCGAAAUGAAUGGUACAAGCGGAUUGCUCUUGCCUCUCGUGUGACAGGGAAAAAAAUUGGCUUCUUUUAGUUUUGCUUUCUAAACAACAUUCAUCCUGCGAAUAAUCCUAUAUGAAUCGAUUAGUGAGCUUGUACAAGAAUUCGAAAUUCAGGUCUCGAAAACGAAGCAAGUGAUCUAAGCCAGGUUUUUUUCGUAGUCCUACUCAGACUGAAGCUAAAGAUUUCCUGCUACACAGUGAUCAGCCCACAAACAUGAUUUUGUUUCGAAAAAAAGUUUUUCAUGUCGGGAUUACUUUCGCUGUGACUUUAAUAACUAACUUAAUUAUUUUCGCGUCGUCUCGAAUGAAUGAAACGAAUAUUACAACUACAGCAACUCCAGACAACUCGUCGACAACUACGUCUCCAUCAAAGCUUCCUCAACCACCAUUGGCUCGAAGCUGUAUCGACAAGAAAGUCUUGAACGUUUGUUGGUUAAAAACUCCACCUUAUAUUUUUGAUAGACCAAGUAACAAAAGCAUCGUUGAAGGAAUACUAUCAGAUGCAAUACUCGAAGGUUUUACGAAAUGUGAAUGUCAAGUAAAUCUCAACUAUUCUAUACAGGUCUAUGAGGAAGAAGACUUAAUCAACUGUUCUAAAAAUAAAGACAUUGACAUAGUUUUACCGUUUCCACAAAGAGGAAUUAGAAACAAUAACUGGUUUUUCAAAGUCGUCGAUUCAGCUGCAAUAUACUUACUAUUGAAUCGCAAGAAAAUCGAAUCUCAAGCCAAGGCAAAUAUCAUUUAUGAAUUUUCACAAGUUUGGACGCUUGCAGUCCUGACGAUCCUACUGGCAGCGAUUUUUGGCAUCGUCGUUUGGUCUCUGGAUGCAGCAUGGAAUCGCAAACAGUUUCCACCUACGUUUUGCCCUGGGGCAUUGGAAGGCGUUUGGUGGUCGUUUGUUACCUUGACAACAGUUGGAUAUGGGGAUAAGACACCGAAAUUCCCGUUGGCCAGGAUCUUCGCCAUAUUAUGGAUGUUUGUAGGAAUGUGCAUGGUGUCAUUAUUAACAGCUACACUCACCAAAACUCUGACAACUGGUUUGGUUGAAAACCGGCGUGAGUUUCACGGUCUUAAGAUUGGAGUAUUAAAAAGCAGCCACACAUACGACGAGGCCGUUAAAAAGGGAGCAAAAACACAGAAAUACCUGGACUUGAAAUCCAUGUACACUGCUUUAAACAACGAUGAAAUACAAGGCAUCCUGGUGGAUAUAUUCGUGGCCACAUACGUUAGAAAUAACCUGAACGUAUUUGGCUUUCAGGAUAAUAUAUUCGUUGCACAGUCGUACGACAUUCAAUACUCGAUUGGGGUUUACUUUGGUUACGGGAUGGCUAUGUACGAGGAUUCUAAACCGUUCAGUAUACUGACCGACUGUUUAAGAUCGAUGUUUGAAAAUGCGAAUAGACGCAUCGAUGUAUUUUCUAUCGUAGAGAAAUACAUUCAGUCUCAGGAAAUUGUGGAGAAAUCGAAGGUCUAUGAUGAAUUCAAAAUCGAAAUCAAUCUAUUCUCACCGACAUCUGAUAUCUUUCUCAUGGGGCUGAGGACACUCUGCAUCAUUCUUGGCAUUUUGGUGUUUUUCGGAAUCAUAUGGGAGAUCGUUCGCUGUCGGUGGAGAAAAACUAUUUUUCUUCCAAAAACGCACGCAGAGAGCAUUGCUAUGUCUGGACACCAGAAAAUGACAGCUGAAAACAUCAACAAAUUAGUCAAAAAGUUAGAUGAAGUAGAACGAGCUCUCGGUAAAGUCAUGGAGUUUAGAGAAAUUUAUGAGCAUUGCAAAAUAGAUAUUCAGAGAUACGACUCUGGUAUAGCUAAUGGAAACCCUCACGGGAUAUCCGGGACACCGAACAGUGGCUAUAGCAAUAAUGCUUAAAAAGCGAAGAACUUGAAAGAUGAUUUCAGUCAUUCACAUAUGCGGACGUUUUCUAGACACCUCUUAACUGAGAACGGCCCAAGGAAAGUAAAAUAUACGUUCUUAGAUGCACUGUGCAGAGGUUCUAGAAAAUAGUUUUUGAAUGUUGAAUGCAUGUUGUUUGUGGAUUAAAAUAACUUUUAUCUUGUUCAACCUUCGACUUUGCACUUCAUGAAAGCCACCAAGAAUCCUAAGGAGAGCAAGUUUAAAGCAAGAAAGACGUUCCUAGAUGCAGAGGUUCUAGGAAAUAGUUUUUGAAUUUUGAAGCCAUGCGGCUGAUGGAUGUAGUUUGUGGAUAUCUUUUUCGAUCUCGGUUUUGCACCAAGGAUACUAAGAAGAACAAGUUCGAAGCAAAAAUGACGUUAUCAGAUGCAGAGGUUAUAUAAUGUAGCUUGUGAAGGUGGAAGACAUGGAUGUACUUUCGUAGAUUAAAUUAAAUUUUAUUUAGAUUGACCUUUGCACCUCGUGCAAGACUUAUGUAUGAUGUACAUGAGGCCCGAAUUGCAAUAUGGACCCGGUGUGAAUGCGAUAAGCAAAAGGUCACAUUGCAACAAUAUGGAAUUUUCUCAAACUUUGUCUGAAUCGUUCAGUAUCCGGCAUAUUUUCUUGUGCUGACAUUAUUUAAAUAUCAAUGCAAUAUAUAUUUCAAGCUUAGUAAGCAACAUGCAACAUUCACCAUACUUUUUUGAAAUAGCUGUUUAUAGGAUUAGCUCAGUAAAGGCCUUUUGAUAUCUAGUAAAAAUAAUUACGCGAUCGUGUGCAGUAAGCAAAGCACAUGGGUUUUGACAGAACACAAGACAAGUGUUUGGUGUUCUGCUAAUCCCCAAGUGCUUUAUAACUGCACAUAUACCUUAGACUGCGGGCAGUCCCACUUUUUCCUCCAUACUCAGUAAAGAAAGAUUCAGGAUUGCUUUGGACGCGCGCGGAGACAGAAGCCUAAAACAAUUGUCUUUAAACUGAGUCUGGAGGGAAUAGUGAGACUGCCAGCAGUCUACGUAUACAUCACAGCAAGCAUUUUUUUCUUUUAAAACAUACAAAUUACAAUAUAAACACCACAAUGAUGCGCC